UCUUUCACUUAACAACAUGUUGUAACUUCCCCCAUUUAAACCCAAUUCGUAUAUCUAUCUAAUUUAGGGUUGUUUGUGCAGUCGAAGGAAUAACACACAUAUGCAGCAGUACUAUGGUGGCAUAAUAAGGAGACAACAACACUUGAUUAGGUGUUUGGGAGCUGAUCACCAGAGCAACAGCAUCAACACCCUUCGUUUAGUUAAUAAUAGUAACACAAGAAUGCAAUCUGCGAUGAGUGGUGGCGGCCCCACUUUAGAGGCUGAUGCUCUUAGUAUUUUGAGGUCAAUUUCUCCUACCCUUGAUUCAUCUAAGCAUAAAGGCCAAGCUGGAAAGAUAGCCGUUUUAGGUGGUUGCCGUGAAUACACCGGUGCACCCUACUUCUCUGCGAUUUCGGCUCUUAAAAUCGGAGCAGAUUUAUCACAUGUGAUCUGCACUAAAGAUGCUGCUCCAGUUAUAAAAAGCUACAGUCCUGAGUUGAUUGUGCAUCCGUUGCUAGAGGAAUCAUACAGUGUGCGAGAAGAAGACCGAAAGUCAGUCUCAACACUAAUUCUCGCCGAAGUUGACAAGUGGAUGGAAAGAUUCGAUUGUCUUGUCAUCGGUCCCGGCCUCGGAAGAGAUCCAUUUCUUCUGGACUGUGUAAGUGAUAUUAUGAAGCAUGCAAGGCAACGCAACGUCCCGAUGGUCAUUGAUGGGGACGGGCUGUUUCUUGUCACAAACCGGCUUGAUCUAGUCAGCGGCUACCCUUUAGCGGUUUUGACUCCAAAUGUAAAUGAAUACAAACGCCUUGUUCAGAAAGUUUUGAACUGUGAAGUAAAUGAUCAAGAUGGACCCCAGCAAUUACUGUCUCUCGCGAGCAGUAUUGGUGGUGUGACUAUCCUUCGUAAAGGCCUAUCUGAUUAUAUUAGUGAUGGCAAAGAAGUUAGAUCAGUUAGUAUAUUUGGUUCCCCUCGACGUUGUGGUGGACAAGGUGAUAUACUCUCUGGAAGUGUUGCAGUAUUCUUGGCUUGGGCCCGGAAGCUUGUUGAUAAAGAGGGGCCCACUAUGAGCCCCACAAUGUUGGGUUGUAUUGCGGGGUCUGCUUUGAUGAGGAAAGCUGCAUCGCUUGCUUUUGAGGAUAAGAAGAGAUCAACCCUCACCACUGAUAUAAUCGAGUGUUUAGGAAGAAGUUUGGAGGAUAUUUGUCCGGUGCGUUGAAGCUUUGGAUGUUAAUUAUCAUGUUGUCUUUUUUUCUUUCUCUUGGAGUUUUUAUGAGUUUGAAGGAUAUUUUAUUUUCGUUUCGAGUCAAUGAGCAAGUUUGGAAUAAAUGCAGAAGUUUAGGUGCAUAUUUGGUCUGCAAUUACAAGGUUGGAAGCUUCAACAGAUAGUUAUGUUCCGUGCUAACUGGUUUUCUAGGAUCCUGUCGUCGUCAUCUAAUGAAUUUAAGAAUGAAAAGAAUACCAGGGCCGGAUUUGUUAACAAUUCAAACGUCUAUAAAGUGAAGUUGUCAGUAUCGAUGUU